AUGAAUCGUGCAGCUCUCACGCUGAUUUUUGGGGUUUUACUCUCAUGUUUUUACCUCGAAUGUGAAGGUUAGUGCAAGAGACAUUGAUUUUAGGUGGAAAGAUUCCGUACGUACACUUUUCUAAAAGCCUUAUAAUAUAUGUUAUUUCGUAGUUGUCAAAACUUGUGAUUGCUCACGUAACAUCCUAAAUAUUUGCGUGCAAUUUUUGCUACAGAGAUCUAUCUACUGUAAGAUUGUUUUAAACUUAUUUGAAAUAUAAUUCCCGUUGUUUUUCUUUAUUCGUUAAAGGAGUUUUCACCAAUCAUUAGUUAAUACAGGUUUGCACUGCAACUCAGGAAGUUUGCGGCAGUUAAAUUUUCGAGAAAUAUUAUGCGCAAUUAUGUAUGCAUGAACUUUGUUUUGCUUUGUCAUUCUUCAAGAUCUGUUGUCGUAAGAGCAGCGGCUGUUGUUUGUUUGACACGGCAACGAAUAUUUUUUUGCGUCAAAAGACUGCGAAAUUUUUUCAGUUCUUCAAUCGAUGUGCAAAGCACCUACGUGCGAAAGUUCUUUCGAAAUGUCACGCGAUCUUAAAAAGGAAAGAUUGAUCACCCCGUGCGAUGACGUGAAAUUCAAAAUAAAUGUUCUGUUAUCUUUUAUUUGACUUGUCCUCUUAGCCCUUCAGUAUCAAGACUCACGUCACAAUUUUCUAAGUUCUCUCUUGGAAACGGACAAUACACUUGAUUUAAUUCGCCAUGAUCACCAUCGGUCCAGAAGAAAUCUGGGAGGAGUGCUUACUAAUGACUCAAAGGAUUGUGAACAGCCAGAAAAAAAUUUAAACUGUUCAGGAGUGGAGGUAAGUGUUGUGUCAAGAAGCUAUUUGUUUUUUUUCCUUCUUUUCUUGUCAUCGUGUUAUAUUGUUUUUGCAGAAGGGUCACAAAUAUCGUCAUGAUCAAACAUUAAAUAUUGCAAUAUAAGUUUGUUAUCUGCAAAAUGUUUUGGAAAUUUUUGACACAAAAGCUGACAAAGUUUAACUCUUUGGCUCCCAGAAAAGAUUAACAUGUAACUUCUCCCUGUAAUAUCCAUAUAUAUUAUCCAGUAAGAAUAUCCAGACUUCUCACAUUGAAGUUGUGUUGUUGAUCUAACACUAAAUUCUCGUAACCAAUUUAAAUAUGUAGCAGCUUGAGGAAAGAAUCAAAAAGUAGAUCUUGCAUUUUAGUUUGGUAUCUGUUUCAAAACUCCUUCCCUAGUUGGAUAAAUGGUUUAAAAAUCUGGAUGAAAUGUUUAGAAAGUUAAGGAAUAGAUCAAUACAUAAAAAUAACAGUGCUUCAACCUGAAAAAAAAAAAGUUUCAGAAUGUAGAAAAGAGGUGCCUAAAAGUUAAAGAAUCAAGGUCUUUUCAAAUCUUUCUCACAGAUCUCAUGCAAUAUUGACAACCCUCAGUGGUGGCCAAAUAUUUUCUAUUUAUGGAGACUUGUUUUGGAAACACAUAAAUAUUAUAAUGUACAACCCACAUUAUUUACAUGUUGUAAGUCAAACUCAUUAUCAUACAUUACAUUACCCAAAAACAAAAGAAAAGAAAAUUUGAACCAAGGGUAAAAUUGAACCACAACAUAUACAUCAAGCAAAAAUUGCCGUUUUUACUCAAAAUAUGUGACCCUGAAAGGUAAAACAGACAAUAAUGGAAAACCAUUCGAAUGUCAAAAAUGUACGCAUGAAGAAUGGUUAACAAAUGGUACUUGAAGCAUUUGAACAGUUUGCCUAACUGUUCAAAUGGAUGAAUAAAUUAUUUGAACAGAAAUCAAGGUUCCAAUGUGUAAUGCUGUAUUGUCACAAUCCAUUCUCUUGUAUUGAUCAAGAUAUCUAAAUCGCUGUUUAGUUGAAGUACCAUAUUCACUUGUGUAUGAGUCAAAACUCAUUAGUUGACCCCCCAUUUUGAAAGUCAAAAAUUCUUUAAUCAUUUCUAAUUAAAGAAGUAAAAUUUAAUUAGAAAUUUCCCAAAAAGUUAAUCUCUUCUACAUGUACAGUAUAUUUCUGUAAAGCAUGAUAAAUACAGUUCCUUGUGAUACUAUUGUUGUUAAAAAAUUGGAAUGAUGAUGAAAUUUCAAAGCAAUCAUAUCACUAUUUUUUGUUUUAGAAUCUGAUUAUACUACAGUGUUAUUUAUCAAUGACAGAAGGGUAUUUCUUUCUUUUUUUUUUUCUCUUAGGUGCAUCAUAAAUACUAUGUGUCACAAAUUAUUAAUAGUGGAAAAGACUACUGGGUUGAUGUCCAAGGUAAUCGUAACCAUGAGGAACAUUAUAAACUAUCCGACAGCUAUCUGUUAAGAAAGGUAUUUCUAUUUUUAUGCAUUAAAUAUUGUUAUCAGCACUAACAAUAGAUGGCAGUGAAUGGCUGCUCUUAGGGUCAGUGGUCGAUUUAAGACAAGGACAGUUCCCCCCACUUGUACAUGUGGAAGUUUGUUUACUUGUUACAACCUAACAUCAAAAUAAUUUAUGUAUUCUCCGUAUACUGUUCUCUGUACAUUUCCUAAGGUGCUGAUGAGGUGAAAUUGUUUAUCAAUCAAGAACUACUGUAAAUGUAGUUGGUGAUCAUUUCCUUUAUUCUCAUGACCUUAAUGUGAGAUUCAGGAGUGAUGUUGUAAGGAGAAUUUACUUGUAGAUGCCAGUUGCUCAUAGGUGUCAAAGGGUUAACUCUUUAACUCCCAGAAGUGAUGAACAUGUAACUUCUCCCAACAAUAUCCAUACAUUAUCCAGCAAACAGGUAAUGGGAAUACUCAGACUUAUCAGGUUGAAUUUGUUAUCUUGAUCAAACACCAAAUUCUCAUAACUAAUCUAUGAGGAAAUUUGUAGUAGCUAGAGGGGAGAAUUAAUGAUCAGAUCUUGUAACUGCUAGAACAUUCAGGGCAGCUUAUUUACAUGAAGGCUUAAAGUUAUCAGGCUGAAUUGCACCACAAUCACUACUCAUACUAUUUUGAUAAUCAGUGCUUUAAACUUGUGAAAUAUCUUUCAUUUUUUGUAGCCCUAUCCAUUAAAUUUCAAGUUCCCCUACUAUGGUCACUUGCUGGACUCUGUGGUGCUAACAACUGGAGGUACAAUGUUCAUGUAACUUAUUAAAGAGAGUUUGUGAAAUGAAAUAGUUUGCUCUAUAGUAAGUUGGAAAACUUUGUUUCUCUUUUUUUCUUAACCCUUACACCUCUUGAGUAGCUCUUGCUCUCUUCCUUUUUAAUUUUCUGACUUUGUAUCUUUUUUCCUUUUUUUUUCAUUGGUGGGUCUGCUUUUUAUCUCUUACCUUUUCUUUCCCUUUCAUUCACUCUUUCCCUCCUCUCAAUCCCUUCCUUUUAUUCACUUCCUCCCUUCUCAUAAACUUCACCCCCUAGAAUUGAUAUUGGCACAAAUGCUUCUUUUGAUACAUGUAGAUUUAAAAACCUGUGUUGUCCAUUGCAUGAUAUCACUUCUUUUUUAUCCUUUUUUGUGCAACAGGGUUCCUGUACAUGGAUGUCCAUGACACAAGGCUAAUGACACAAGUUCAGUACCUUGCUCCACUGAUGGCGUACUUUAAUCCUCAUUUAGACAAAAAUUCAAAAGUCCUUACAUUACAUGAUGGCAAGUAAAAACUUAUGGAACACUUGAUGGUAGAAGCAUAAAACCUUUCACUUUCAAGAUCUCUGUUUGGUUAUAGUAUUGGUGGCAGAUACUACUGAUUGUAAAUUUUUUCAUCCAAGACUUCUUGUGACCCAUGGUUGACCAGUAAAGAAUUUCUCCUUACAAUAUUAAUAUGGUAUCAAGAAGACAAGUGAAUGAGAAUAAGGAAAAAAUUAAUAUUAAUAAACUAAGGAGGUUAUUUGUUGAUCUAAUUCCAAAUUCUCCCAACUACCAUCAUAAGAAUUGUAUUUCAGACAGUAAGGAGAACUACUAAUGAGAUUUUGGGAGUGAAAAGGUUAAGCUAUGGAUUCUCAUUUUUUCCUUUGGUCUAUAUUUUGUGUGAUUUGCACUUCUCCAAACUACAUGUAGAUCAGUUGUAAGGUUUCUAAGAAAUAUUUCCUCUGCAUUCUUUUUCGCUGGUGCACACUUUGCAUGGCUAAAUCUUUUUAUAAGUGCAGAAUCCUGGAAGGCUUAAUGAUCCAACAUUUGAAGCUUAGUUUGAGUGGAAAAAUUAACUUCUACAUUUCAAGACUUUUGCCAUUGGGAACAAAGAAUUUAGCAGACAGAGCCCAUUUCCCUUAAUGAUGAGCUAGUGUUUUUACCUUUUAUAAAUAAAUAUGUUUUUCCUGAUAAAUUGCUCAUUUUUAUUUUAUUUUUUUGUUUUUCAGAUUCCAAACUGACAGUGCAGUGGAACCAAGUUCAUUUACAUAACAACAAAUCUGGUAGGUACAUGUUCAAGCUUAGAGUAAUGAUAAAAAUCAUUAUCUUGUAUCCUUUUCAUUAAUUCAUGUCAGCCUGUUUGUUGUAUCUUGUUAGAUUUUCCUUGGAUUACCAUACUACCGAAUUUUUAUGAAACAUUUUAAUAUGCAGAUUCUCAUUAUGGGUCUACAAAUUUUGACACCAUCAUGUGCAAUUGUAUGGAUAAGUCAGAAUGAAAAUUGUCAGUUUAGAUUUUCAAAAGCUGGUAACCCCUUCUGAUCUGUUAUGCAGGCAUUUUUUUUUUUUAUUAUUGAUGCAUUCAAUCAUCUUGUUAUGGCUUGCUUAUAUGCUGCUUUAUAAUACAUUCCAUUUUUUUUUUCAGCUGGACCAUUCACGUUUCAAUGCACUCUGCACAAGAAUGGCACAAUCUGGUUUGCUUACCAAGCGGUAAUUGCAUUUCAUCCUGUGCUUCUCAUUACAUGAAAAUAUUGAGAUGGUCCCUCUGUAGCCACCCCUAUCUUUUCCUUAAUUCUUCUGCCCCUGCCACUUUCAGUCCAUUCUUUUCAUCUCUGUCUCAAUCCUUUCACUCUUUUAAAACUGUCAGUAUUCAGUCACCCCAUCAUCUUAGGCUUAUCACACUCUGAUUUCUCUGUUCCCAUACUGUCAUUCACCCUCAUUCUGCUCCCUCCUGUCCAUUUACUAACCACUCUUCCACCCUUCUUCCAUGGAUCUUCCCCCCAUGACUAGUGGUAUGAAGUCAUUACUCUCCCAUCAGUCCUACUCUUUCCGCCAACACCUCCUUACACCACCACUUCCCUUUCAUCUAAUCUGCAACCCUGCUUCACUGCACGUCCCCCUCUCUACUCUUGUAGACAUACAUGUAGUUGUACAAGAAAACUCUUAACCUGUGGAGGAGUAGAUGACUUUUGAUAUCAGUAGUAAAACUCUUGUGUCUCUCCAUGUCAUAGAUCCCUGUUAAUGUGGCAGAAAUUCCACAUUUACCAUACCACCCUGUCAGAGUCGGCAUUGCAGAUGCAUUUGUGAUUGAAGUUAAGAGAGGACAGGUUCGUUACCGAUAUUUCUACAUCUACAGUACAAUCAACAUCACUAUGGAGAGAGUGCAAAAAAAUGUGGCAGUCAUCAUUAAACCUCAACUUAGUAAGUUGUAACUUUAAAUAGUAUUGGGUGUAGAAAGAUUGAAAAGGAGAGUACGUGCAAAUUUUGAGCUCUGCUGUUGGUUAAAGGGGAGUGUUAAAUAGGCGAUACAAAUGAAAUUACACAGAUUAAUAAUAUUAGUAAUAAUUAUAUAUAAUGGUUAUAGGACCAAGUGGAGUCCAAUUCUGUUGGUAGUCAUGCAAGUGGUUAACAAAAUCGGAUGACUAUGAAGCGGGAGUCUGAUUUGUUACCUAGCAACAUGAUUAGACAGAAUUGGACGAUAAGAAGUCUUGUUACCAAUUAAUCAAAACUAUGACAAAAUUUUAGAAAGAAACUAGACAUCAUUCAGUUAUACCUUUUCAUUAAAAAAAAAACAACAACAACAACAGUUAACUUGGUGAAAUGCAAGACAACAGUGCACGCACAUGACGCGUUCUGUCCACUUACACAGGCAUGACGUGUUAACUGUGCCUUUCACUGUCCUAUUACUCUUUCCAAUUACAAGCAUGACUCGUACUGUGUCUCAUUAGUGCUCAAAUUGGGCUGGUGAUAGCCAAUCACAUUUGAGAAUUUUGUUAUGGUUUUGAUCACUAUUAUUACAGAUUGUGUGAGUGCCCAGUCAUGUUCUCUCUGCAUGAAGAGGACUGAACAGUCUAACUUCACAUGUCAAUGGUGUCCUGAAUUGAACAGGUGGGUAACUUAUCACUUCCAAAUAUACUGUAGAUGAUGUUUCACCUGAAGAGUUGGAGCUUAUUCCUGUAUUUGUAGGACCAAUCAGAUGCAUUAAGGAAGGUGUCCAAGUUUGGAUGUGUAGGUCAACACAGUAAAUCCUGGAAUUUGGGACUGUAAUCUUUGAAAUUUGUCAUUUUGGCAAAUAUUAAUGUUACGUUGAUGGGCAGAGAAUUGAUUGCUUGUUUGUAAUUAUUGUAGAUGCUCUGAUGGAGUUGAUCGUCAUCGCGCAGAUUGGGAUGCAAAGAAUUGCCCGAAAAAUGCCGUCAAAGAGGUAACUAGAUGCAUGUACGUGUAGGUUAUGUUGCAGUCUGCCAAGGUGCAUUUCAUGACAGUAAGUUAAGCUUUGCCAUGUGGAUUGCGUUACAACCAAAACUUGGAGGCCUGAGCACAGGACUAAGAGCUUAGACUGAUGAUAUUCAACACUGAGUGAAAAGUGCCUUAGUGGAGAGAGCAAGGGAAGAAAGAGCGAGCUUUCAUUGCUUCUCCGUUGCAACAAGUCAUUCUAAGUUAAAGAUUUAAGGUGGCAAAAGUAAGAUGGUUCUGAAGCCACUCCAUAAAUUUUGUGAAAACCAUGUAGGAAGAUAAACUGUUACAUGUUGAUUAGUUGUUUUUCAACAGCUCUGAUUGAUGCAUUUCAAUCCUUGCUGUUUCAUUCAGUGAUUUGCUCCCUCGGCGGUCUGCUGUCGCACGGCUCACCUGUUGUUAUGUUUUUUGAUCGUGGGCAUCCAUGCUUCCGGAAUUUCUAUUCCACUAUCCCUGUUGAUGUUGUCAGGGUAAAGUCUUAUCUAAAUUGCCUCUUUGACCCUGCGCGUGUAGUAAUAAGGGUUACGAUCAAUAAACUUCACUUCGUUCCAGAGUGGCUUGUGUCCGAUGUUGUGGGCAUGCUCUGAAACGGCGGAGGUCUCGGUACGGGCGAGUCGGAUGUCUCGAUCGUGCUCCUUAAUUCUGUCUUAGAUAGGUCUUCCAGUCUCUCCGAUGUACAUUCAACCUUGCCGCAUUCACAGGGAAUCCUGUAAACUACGCCGUCUUGUUUAGCCGGGUCGACAGCGUCUUUUGGUCGUACUAACUGAGAUCUUAACCUAGUCUCCGACUUAGAAACAGCGCGUACGCCUUGUUGUUGUAGGCAAUGGCAAAGCUGUUCGGACAGACCUUUGACAUAAGGUAAAACCGCAGUAGCUUUGAAAUCGUUGGCGGGUUCGGCACUGUUGUUUGGUUUUCCGGUCUUGGUAAGUUUCCGCAAGAAAGAAAGAAAAGAAAAAAACCAACCAGAGCCGUUGAAAAACAACUAAUCACAGCAGAGCAUCAUGCUUUAGAAGAUCACGCAUGACCAGUCGACCUCAUCGCCUGAAGAAGACUAACAGUAUGCAGUUGAAACGUCGCAAUCUACAUCACACUUGACUACAUCGUGAGACAAACGAAAAACUUAGUUUUUAUUGUAAUUCACCACGAUGAAUAACCACAACCUAUUUUUACUAAGCUCUGUGUUAGACAGUCACCAAGAUGUGUGUUCUUGCAGGCUUUGCUGACAAGUUCUUGACCUGUUCGGUCCUGAUAAUGAUCAGUAUCCUAUUUCUCCUUAGAGUAUCAUUACUGAAUUAAACAUCGAAGUCAUGAGAAUAAGUAAAAUGAUCACCAACUAAAACUUCUCUUGAUUUUCGAACAAAUUAUCCCUGUCAGUCUCAUUGGAAUUAAGUGCGUAGAGAGGAGUAUAGGGAACAUGCAUACUUAUGUUAAGUUAUAAAAGGUUAAAGGAGAGAAGUGUACUAGUUCACUACUUUGGGAACAUUUCAUUUUUAUUCUUUAUAAAAUUUUUGAUUUGAUGCUAAAAAAUUGUGGUAUCCACUGAUUGUCUUGCAGUUGACCAAAGAGUGUAAAGCCAACACAGUAGGCAAAACAGGCUUUCAUGGGUCAGAUGAGAAAAAAGGAAUCGGUGCAGGAGCCAUCGUGGCCAUUUGUUUCGUACUGGUGUUGAUAAUCGGUGUGGCUGCUUGGUGCAUGUAUGCAUACAGGUAUCCCACCUCUAAAUCUGGACUCUUCCUCAUUGAGGUAAAG